AAUUGAGCAUUUUAUCGUAAACAUUUCGAGUUUAUAUGUGUUUAAUGUAACAGACAAGGCUACUGGCGAAAUGUAUUACCUUAAUAACGAGACUGUGGCGGUGCCGUCAUCUGGAAACUACGCCCAAAGGGAGGUUCACUCCUCCACUCUAGAGCUAAAGACUGUAUCCAUAAAUCCAGAUGAUACUUAUACUGUCCAGCAGGCGAUCAAUGCCUUUGGGUUUGGCUGGUUUCACGUCAAGUUAUCCCUCUUGGUGGGACUUUGCUGGAUGUCCGACUCCAUGGAAAUGGCCAUCUUGAGUAUUCUAGGGCCAGCAUUGUUUUGUGAGUGGAAUGUCACAAAAUUCCAGCAGGCUUCAGUCACCACAAUAGUGUUUUUGGGCAUGAUGCUCAGUUCCAGUUUUUGGACGCAACUAAGUAACAGAUAUGGUCGCAAAUCCGCCCUUACUUUGUUUGGAGUAUUGCUAGUUUUAUAUAGUAUUCUUAGCUCAGUGGCUCCCAGUUAUGCCUGGCUUUUGACCCUGAGGGGCUUAGUGGGUUUUGCAAUAGGCUGUGUUCCUCAAUCUGUGACUCUUUAUGCGGAGUUUCUGCCAACCAAACAUAAAGGAAAGUGCGUGGUCCUAAUGGAUUGUUUCUGGGCUCUGGGAGCCUGUUUCGAGGUUGUUUUGGCCCUGGUUGUGUAUCCAUAUUAUGGUUGGCGUGGACUUCUGGGACUCUCAGCCACGCCCUUAUUGAUAUUCACUCUUCUUUCCCCGUGGCUCAGCGAAUCUGCUCGUUAUUACUCCUACAAUGGUAAUCACGAUAAGGCUAUUAAAGUACUCGAACAGAUUGCCCAUAAUAAUAAGAGGCAUAUGCUCAUUGGUCGCUUGAUUUCUGACGAAGAACCUAGCUCUACAGAGAGUUUCCGGUCACUUUUAAGUCCAAACUUGUACAGAACCACUCUUCUAUUGUGGUUUAUAUGGCUCGCUUCGGCUUUUUGCUAUUACGGAUUGGUUCUGGUAACCACGGAACUCCUGGUGGCCAGAAAUAAGGAGAAUAAUCCUAACGAGUGCGUUACCUUCAUGACAUCGGACUUUAUGGACUUGCUGUGGAUCACAUUAUCGGAGUUUCCGGGCAUAUUGAUUACCAUCAAGGUCAUAAAGCUAUUUGGCAAAAAGAAAACCAUAGUCCUGCAGUACUUGGCUCUGGUUUUAUGUACAUUAGUGUUGAUGUCUGUUACCAGUCGCUUUGCAACAUCCCUUACUCUUUUCAUUGCUCGAGGAACCAUAUCGGGAAUAUUUCAAGCUAUUUAUGUGUACACCCCAGAAAUAUAUCCAGCUGGCUUGAGAUCGGUUGGAGUUUCCGGUUGCUCCGUUCUGGCCAGACUCGGGGCCAUGUUGACACCCUUUGUGGCUCAAGUUUUGAUGGAUACUUCCAAAAUUCAGGCUAUAUCCACAUACGCCCUGGUGGGCCUUUUCGCAUCGAUCGCUUGCAUUUUCCUUCCCCGGGAAAAUGUUGGUUAUCAUUAGGUGUUUUUAGGCUAAUCGAUUUACAUUAUUUAUUUAUUACAUUAUUUAUCCUUUAGAUUUAUCCUGUUGUCUGCAUGUUGAAACAUAACUGUUUUCGAAACAGUUUUUGAAAUAUUUGAAUAAGAUUGCCUAUUUUUAGGCUUGUAUUACUUGGAAAAUCAUUAUGCUGUAGCACUUGUUUUGAUUGCUGGUGGGCUACUUGGGCAAACUAAAAUAAAACAUUUGUUUCACAGUAUUUUCAAAUAGUAAUGAAGCUUCGAAGCUGAAAAGCUUUGGGUCUAUCUGUGAGAACAAUGAGUUUUCUGAAAUUAUUCUCUAAAAACUAGUAAAUAUUAUAUUGUUAUCACUCUAUUAGUAAAAUAAGCUAUACCUUAAAAUCUUGUUAAAAAUACUAUUUAUUAUUCCCCUAGUUUCGGUACUUAAGCACAUAACUUUGAGUAAACCCCCUUGAUCCGCACUUUCUAUGGCAAAGUGCCACCCCCAUAUCUGCAUAUGAGUGUCACUUUGUGGCAUCAUUUAUGAUUCAAAUGACAGGAGGAAAUGCACUUGCGAAUUAAUUAUAAAAGUCAUUAUUUCAGAACAUAAACAUAACGUAUAUGUAUGUAUAAAUAAACCUCUGGCAAAUAUAUUUAUAAU